GCGCGCCGCCUCACCUUUACAACAUCUCACCUCCCCAUCCUCCCCCCCCCCCAUCACACAUCUAUCAUCAUGGCUGACGAAGUCUACGACGGUGCCAUUGGCAUCGAUCUGGGUACGUAACUGUGAUACUAUGCUGCGCCCUUUCGUCUUUGUUGUAUACCUGUCUACCGGCGCCCACCGCCUCGGCUCGGCCUCGAUUUGUUUUCGCAGUCGACUUGCGGAUUCCUGGGCCAGCAGAACAACCCUAUGCGUCCAGUACCAAAAAGAGCCUUCGCUGACCAUCGCCCUUCCAGGUACCACCUACUCUUGCGUUGCUACGUACGAGGGUACCAAUGUCGAGAUCAUCGCCAACGAGCAGGGUUCGUUCACCACGCCCUCGUUCGUCUCCUUCACCGACAAGGAGCGCCUGAUCGGUGAGGCUGCCAAGAACCAGGCUGCCAUGAACCCCACGAACACCGUCUUCGAUGUCAAGCGUCUCAUCGGUCGCCGCUUCGACGACCCCGAUGUCAAGAAGGACACCGACACCUGGCCCUUCAAGGUCAUCGAUGACAACGGUUCCCCCAAGGUCGAGGUCGAGUACCUCGGCGAGACCAAGUCUUUCUCCCCCCAGGAGAUCUCCUCCAUGGUCCUCACCAAGAUGAAGGAGAUUGCUGAGGUCAAGCUCGGCAAGAAGGUUGAGAAGGCCGUUAUCACCGUCCCCGCCUACUUCAACGACAACCAACGUCAGGCCACCAAGGACGCCGGUGCCAUCGCUGGUCUCAACGUUCUCCGUAUCAUCAACGAGCCCACCGCUGCCGCCAUUGCCUACGGUCUCGGCGCUGGCAAGUCCAACAAGGAGCGCAACGUUCUCAUCUACGAUCUCGGUGGUGGUACUUUCGAUGUCUCCCUCCUGAACAUCCAGGGUGGUGUCUUCACCGUCAAGGCCACUUCCGGUAACACCCAUCUUGGUGGCCAGGACUUCGACACCAGCCUCCUCGAGCACUGCAAGAAGGACUUCCAGCGCAAGUCGAAGAAGGACAUCUCCAACGACCCCCGUGCCCUGCGUCGUCUCCGCACUGCUUGCGAGCGUGCCAAGCGUACCCUGUCCAGCGGUGCCCAGGCCACCAUUGAGAUUGACUCCCUCUUCGACGGCGAGGACUUCCAGAUGCAGAUCACUCGUGCCCGUUUCGAGGAGCUCAACGCCAAGGCCUUCAACGGCACCCUCGAGCCCGUCGCUCAGGUCCUGAAGGAUGCCAACCUCCAGAAGAGCGCCGUUGAGGAGAUUGUCCUCGUCGGUGGUUCCACUCGUAUUCCCCGUAUCCAGAAGCUCCUGUCCGAGUUCUUCGACGGCAAGAAGCUCGAGAAGAGCAUCAACCCCGACGAGGCUGUCGCCUACGGUGCCGCCGUCCAGGCCGGUAUCCUCUCCGGCAAGGCCACCUCCGCCGAGACCGCCGACCUCCUGCUUCUCGACGUCUGCCCCCUGUCUCUCGGUGUCGCCAUGGAGGGUAACAUCUUCGCUCCCGUCGUUCCUCGCGGUAACACUGUCCCGUGUAUCAAGAAGAGAACCUUCACCACUGUUGCCGACAACCAACAAACCGUCCAGUUCCCCGUCUACCAGGGUGAGCGUGUCAACUGCGAGGACAACACCUCGCUGGGUGAAUUCACUCUGGCUCCCAUCCCCCCCAUGCGCGCCGGUGAGGCAGUCCUCGAGUGUGUCUUCGAGGUCGACGUCAACGGUAUCCUCAAGGUCACCGCCACCGAGAAGACCUCCGGCCGCAGCGCCAACAUCACCAUCUCCAACUCUGUCGGCAAGCUCUCUUCUCACGAGAUUGAGAACAUGAUCAACGACGCCGAGAAGUUCAAGUCCAGCGACGAGGCCUUCUCCAAGAAGUUCGAGGCCAAGCAGCAGCUCGAGUCCUACAUCGGUCGCGUUGAGGAGAUCAUCUCUGACCCGACACUGUCCCUCAAGCUCAAGCGCGGCCAGAAGGACAAGAUUGAGCAGCAGGUCAGCGAGGCCAUGGCCAAGCUUGAGAUCACCGACGCCUCGGCUGAGGACCUCAAGAAGCAGGAGCUCGCUCUUAAGCGUCUCGUCACCAAGGCUAUGUCUUCACGGUAAAGGGAGACUUUUUCACUUGCAGCAGAUGGUCAGCCUUGGGUUGGAGCUGGGGGUGGUAGAGGAAAAUCUGGUGUGAUGGAGUACGCGCGCGCAACCAACCGGAUAUUUGGGAGCGAGCGGGCCAUUUAGAAGAUGGUGCGUCGCCAAAUAAUGCUGCGAUGUUUCAGUAGUCUUCUAACGAUGGCUCUCUAAAACCUUUUUUACUCUU